AUGGCGGAUCAUCAUCCCGAAAAAAAUGGGCAUUCUUCUCCUCAAGAAGAAUAUUCACAAUAUCUUAACGGAGCUUCUGGUACAACUACCCUCGCAGAAUAUGAAUUGAACUACCCAAGAGCACAAGGGAUUUAUCAGGAGUUACACUCUCACGAUUAUUCAAAUGGUCGCGAAAUAGUAAUUGAAGAAAGUCCGAGUGGCAGAUAUGCCAAACUAAACACAGUUUUAGGUAAAGGUGCUUAUAAAGUAGUUUAUAAAGCUAUUGAUCGUGACGAAGGUUACGAAACAACGAAAGCAGAGUUUAAUGACUUAAGUUUGGAAAUAAAAAUUUUAAAGCAGGUUCGCCAUCCAAAUAUUAUCAACUUCCAUGAUUGUUGGUACAAGGAUGCCGAAUUCAUUUUCGUCACAGAAUUGAUGACUUCUGGAACUUUGCGAGAGUACAUUCGAAAACUCUCGUUGCCGAAUAUGAAGAUAGUGAAACGAUGGUCCCGCCAAAUUCUUAAGGGCCUUAUAUACCUUCAUUCUCAUAAUCCACCAAUAAUUCAUCGCGAUAUCAAAUGUGACAAUAUCUUCAUCAAUGGCGCGCAUGGAGAAGUGAAAAUUGGUGACAUGGGAACGGCCAAGAUGAAGUUGGGAAAAAAGUAUACCGUCAUCGGAACUCCUGAGUUCAUGGCGCCCGAAAUGUACGAAGAAAAAGGGUAUAGCGAAAAGGUCGAUAUCUAUGCGUUUGGCAUGUGCCUUCUCGAAAUGGUUACCGGCGAAUAUCCAUAUAUUGAAUGCGAGAAUGCUCCUCAAGUAUAUAAAAAAGUCACUUCGGGCAUAAAGCCGGAGAGUCUAAAAAAGGUUCAAGAUCCAGAUAUUCUAGAUUUAAUAAUGCAUUGUCUGGAUCCCGAAAACGAAAGGUACACUGCACAGCAAAUAAUGGAACAUCGAUUUCUUGCAGUGGAGCCAGAAGUG